CGGGGCGGACCGAGCGCGGCGCGCAGGCGCAGUGCGCGCGGAGCCCGAGCGGGAUGUCGGCGCUGUGCGACCCCUCGGGGCCGCCGGGCCCCCCCGCGAGCCCCGCGCCGCCGCCCCUCAGCGCGCAGGAGCUGUGGCAGGAGGUGCGGGCCUUCCUGAGCGGGGCGGACCCGGUGCGGGGGCAGCAGCUGUCGGCGCGGGAGCACGCCCGCUGCGCCCUGCUGCUGCUGCGCUGCCUGCCGCCCGCCCGCCACGCCGCCCUGGACCACCUGCGCGCCGUCUUCGACGAGGCCGUGGCCGCCCACCUGGCGCAGCUGGACGGGGCGGGCGCCGGGGCGGGCGGGGAGCCGGCGGGGCUGGCCGAGGUGCUGCAGGAGGCGCAGGCCACGCUGGCGGAGUUCGUGCGCGCCAACCCGCGGGCCUGGGCGCCGGCCGUCUCGGCCUGGGCCAUCGAGCUGCUGGGGCAGCUGAGCAGCAAGUACGCGGGGCAGCAGCAGCGCGUGCCUCACGCCGCCGGCCUCAACGAGCUGCUGCAGCUGUGGAUGGCGUGCCGCGCCACGCGGGCGCUGCUGGACAUCUACACGCAGUGCCUGGCCGCCAUGAUCGGGCUCUGCCCCGACGCCUGCGUGGACGCGCUGCUGGACGCCUCGGGCCGCCACUCGCCGCACUUCGACUGGGUCGUGGCCCACAUCGGCUCGGCUUUCCCCAGCACCAUCAUCAGCCGCGUGCUGUCCUGCGGCCUCAAGGACUUCUGCGCCCACGGCGGCGCCCCGCCUGGAGACACCUCCGCCCCGGACAAGCGGGUGCCCAAGAUCGCCUCGGUGGUGGGCAUCCUGGGCCACUUGGCGUCCCGCCACGCAGCCAGCAUCCGCCACGAGCUGUUACGGCUCUUCCACGAGAGCCUGGGUCCUGGGCGCGACCCCACGCAAGCGGCCGCCGUGCCCUUCCUGCUGCAGCUGGCUGCCAUGUCCCCGCUGCUGCUGGCCACAGUGUCUGGGGAGCUAGUGGAGGCGCUGAAGCCCAGCGUCCUCAACCAGCUGCAGCAGCACCUGGCUGGGCGCCCGCGUGAGGAGCUGGAGAACAUGCUGAACAUGGCCGUGCACCUGGUGUGCCAGACCUCGGCCGGCGCCUACCGCCUGCUGCAGUUCCUGCUGGACACGGCCAUGCCGGCCUCGGUCAUCACGCCGCCGGGGCUGGCUGUCCAUGACGGCGUGCGCGAGGCCUGCGACCGCCUGGUGCAGCUGCUGCUGCUGCACCUGCAGAAGCUGGUGCACGGCCGAGGCGGGGCCGGCCCUGGGGACCCCGUGCGGCCCCCACCACCGCGCCCUGUGCCGUUCCUGGAGGAGCUGCGGGGCCACGUGCGGGAGCUGUGCGUGGAGACGCUGCGGCUGGAGCGCAAGCGGCACCUGUGGCUGCACCAGCUGCUGGGGCUGCUGGCACUCUACGGAGGCCCCAGCUGCGGCCCUGAAGCCAUGUGCCACCUGUUGACGCUGGCCCGCGGGCAGGAGGAGCUGGCCCUGGCUGCCCAGCUGCACGCCGUGCUCAGCGCCUGCGUGGCCGACCUGCUGCCAGCCACUGCCCAUCGCUGCGUGCUGCAGAUCCACGCCGGUGCCCUGCCUGAGCCCCACGCUGCCCAGCUGCUCCGCAACCUGGCGCUGCUGGCCCAGUGGGAGGCCGAGGGGUCGGCCGGGCUCGGGGCCCAGCUGGGAGCUGCCCUCGCCCAGCACCUGCACGACUUGGGGCAGCUGCUGCUGCACUGCAGCCCUGAGGUGGCCGAGGCGGCCGCCCUGCUGCUGUCCGUGUGCCCCCUGCCACGGGCUCUGCGCCCAGCUCACCUGUUCGUCACCGUGCGCUCAGCUGCCCUCCAGUUCUUCCUCGCGCUGCGGCGCCGCAGUCCGGCCGGCCUCGGCUACAGCGAGCGGCUACUGGCCCGGCUCAGUGCCGUGUCUCCGGCUGCCAUGAAGGCCGUGCUGCAGCUGCUGGUGGAGGGGGCGCUGCACCGAGGCAAUGCCGAGCUCUUCGGGGGCCGGCCCGAGCCCCCCAGUGAUGAGGUGGAGGGAGUCCGGCUGUCCCUGCUGGAUGGCAACCGGCGCUUCACGGCAGCUGUGACCUUCGGGGGCGGCGUGUGGUCCGUCUUCCAUGCCGGCGUCAUCGGGCACGGGCUCAAGCCGCCGGUGGCGCCGCCCCAGCAGGAGCCCGAGGAGGCGGCUCACAACGCCCAGCGCUUCCUGAGCCUGCUGCUGCGCUGCUGCCGGGGCGGGCGCUACGCCCCGGCCGAUGCUGCCCGCCCUGCCGCCAUCAACCCUGAGGCCGCCAAGGCGGUGGCGGCGGCGCUGGUGGAGGCCGUGUGCCCCGACGCGGCAGGCGGCGAGCUGGGCUGGCCCCCUGAGGAGCAGGCCCGCGGCACGGUGGAGCGGGACCUGCGCAUCGGGCGCCACUUCCGCGAGCACCCGCUGCUCUUCCCGCUGCUGCGGCUGGUGGCGGCUGGCCCCCCCGCCCUGUGCUACUGCUCCGUGCUGCUGCGGGGGCUGGCAGCGACGCUGGUGGCCCACUGGGAGGCUUCCCGGGACCCUGACACGGCCAGCUCCCCCUGGCACCUGCAGGCCUCCUGCGCCCUGGUGUCCUGCCUGGCCGAGGGCUCGCUGCUGCCGCCGGUGCUGGGUAACAUGCAGGAGCUGUUCCCCGAGCUGGCGCCCUUCGAGGUGCGGCUGCUGCUGCUGGCGGCCUGGGGCUACCUGCGCGACCACGGGCCCCUGCCCCAGAAGUUCGUCUUCCAGCCCGAGCGCGGCGUCUUCGCCCGCGACUUCGCCCGCGACGGCGACGCUGGGCGCUACCUGGCCGUGCUGCACAGCGUCCUGCACAAGAACAUCGACCGCCUCGGCCUGCUCUCCGGCCGCUUCCAAACCUAGCCGGGCCUCCGCCAGCCCCUGGGACUCUCCAUAAACCCCAGGGGCUUCUCUGGGACCCUCCGUGACCUGUACGAGACCACCUAGCCGGGCCUCCGCCAGCCUCUGGCACUCCGGGACCCCCCUGGGACCCUCCAUGACCCCCCUGUGACCACCUCGGGGGCCCCGCCAGCCCCGGGACUCUCCAUAAACCCCAGGGGCUUGCGCAUGACCCCUCUGGGACCCCCUAUGACCCCCUGGGCCUCUCCAUGAUACCUCUGGGACCCCAAACAACCCCCUAUGACCCCCCCCGUGACGUGCACCGCCCCCUGGGACCCUCCAUGACCCGUCUGCGCCCCAACCCAACCCCUGGGACCUCUCCGUGACCCCUCGGCCCCCUUGGGCUGCAGGGAGCGUGUGCGAGUGCCGCUCGGCGGCGGAGGGACCCACGGGUGUUGGGGGGACUCUGUGUCCCGAGGGGUGCGGGGGCGGUGUGGCCCCCGGGCUAAGUGCGAGGCCUGCUGUGGGGGGGGGGGGGUGUUGGUCCGAAAUAAAGUGCGAAGCGGCAGCCCCGGGCUCGGCUCCGUGUUGUUGUGGGGCCCCGCCCCCUCGUGAAUAUUCAUUACCCCUCAUGAAUAUUCAUCAUCCCGCGCGGAGGGGCUCGACCUUUUCCCUUGUA